GAAAAUGGCAGUAGAUGGCAGAGCGAUCAACGAUGGAGGUUGAGGGAAAUUCUGGUUAACGCAAAUGUUAUUGCUUGGAUAAAGGUUGAAUAGAUAAUGCUCUUACGUAUUCUUGUAAAAGGUGUUGAGACUAGAAAUUUAUAUUGUAUAUUAUUUGGCUGUGUAAUAGUUGUCCAUAAUGACAGAUGCUGGCAUUGAAGCAGCUGCUGUGAUUGUUCUCCAGAAUGGUGUUGAUUUGGACAAUAAAAAGCGAUAUACUGAAGCUUUAGUGUGUUACCGUGAAGGUCUUCAACUGCUUUUUAAUCUGAUGAAAGGUGUUACAGAUUCUGAAAAGAAGAAAUAUUUACGUACAAAAGUAGAAGCUUACAUGGGUCGAGCAGAAAAAAUAAAAGGAUUGAUUGAAGAACAAAAAACUAUGGGAAAGUAUCAUGAGCAAAUUCUCAUAGAGAAUGAUUCCACUGGGCAUAGUUAUAAGAAUCUAUUUGGCAGGUUUCUUGAUGAUGAAGUUACAUCUGUAGAAGUGGAAGAUCCGUAUGUUCGCAGUUUUCAUCAGUGUCAAAAUUUUCUAAGAUUCUGUGAACUUGUGGUGAAAUCAUGUUGCAACCUGAAUAAAAUAAGACUCCUUACAAGCAGAGAUGGAUCUGUGAAAGAUCAAACACAGUGGCUUGAGACUAUGAAACAGAAUUUACAGAGAUACAGAAUUGAUUUAAUGAUCGAGUUUUCAUCCACCCUACAUGACAGGCAAAUCAAGUUGAGCAAUGGGUGGACAAUAAAAAUUGGCCGAGGACUGGAUUAUUUCAAAGCUCCAGAGAGUAAAUUUUCAUUAGGAUUUUUUGACAUGGAUUUGCGACGUUGCCAUGAAACCACAGUAGACGUGUAUCAUAUAAAAGAUGUUAAAAAGUCAUAUGGGUGAUCACAUUUGGCCAUUAUUGACCAAUUUACAGGGUAUAGAAGGCAGUAUCAUUGCUACUCCAGAACAGCUUAUAAACAUCCUCUCACUAAUGACAGAAAAGCCUGUACGGAGUGUCUGUAAUUGAUUGCAUACCAGCAUUAUGUUAUGCCCAAGAAAUGAUGCCUGCCACAUUAAUGAAGAAUGCAACAAUCUUGAUGGAGAUGUUAAAUCUUCCUGCACAGUGAUGCACAUGUUCCAUGAGGCAUUCAUGACGUUAUUCACACAUAGCUUUCUUGUCGAGAUGAAUAUAUGAGAAAUGAAUCCAGCAGGCGUGGUUCAACCAGUUCCAUAGCAUCAAGAUCCUCAAUCACUUUGGUGCCACAAUUGGCCGAUAUUUUCCUGAGAGCAGCCUGGAAAGAACGUGACAGGGUUAAGAAACCUUUGAAAUAAUAACAUUAAACACCUUAUGCAAAUUUUGAAAAAUACACUUAUUUCAAAUAAAUUUCUGGGUGUAAUAUGCAUACCAGACAUGCCACUAGGACUCCAUCACUGUGGUUUCUCUCCCUCUCCUCUUUGCAGAGCCUUACUAGUCGAUUGACUCCCUGUAGCUCUACCACCUGUGCUGCCACUACUGGGUCACUGCAUAACCUGCAAUACAAUAGUAGUCAAACCAGUGGAUCAUUGUCUGAGCAGUGUAUCACUAAUGUAGAAGAGAGGGUUUGCUAAGUAGGGGAUGAAGAAUAAGUUCAGUUCUUGAAGUCUGAGAGAAUGCAGUACAGAGAUUAGUAGUUAUUUGGAAAUUGACCAUAAUGUAGUGGUGUGAUGCAUGAUGUUAUAUUUGGAUAACAGCAUAAAGAUGACUCAGAUUUUGAGCAUGUAUUUCUGUACAGGCUACAUACAAAUGUCAAGAAAUGUUCAAUGACAAUGGAAAAGCAUCUCCUUCAGCAGUUUUGCAUAGAAUAAACAUAUUAGUGUA